AUGGCGGCUCCUAAGCCGCCGGAUCUGGGUGACGGCAAUGGCAGGAGCUUCGCGGCGGUUGUGGCGGCAAGAUCAGCUGCGGCGAUAGUCGAUGAAGGCAUCGGUGAAAUUUCUCUCUACCGUGGGGAACCUGCACUGCGUCUCUCACGGCAGGAGAUGCAGACCUUGGCUGCACCUUACCGGAAUGCUCUGGUGGGGAGGUUCCCGUCUAUUAGGCCCUCAAUGGAAGCUGUGCGCAAAUUCUUUGUUUCCCUCGGCCUAAAGGGGGAGUGUGCCGUGGGUUUGCUGGACCAACGUCACAUUCUCAUCAGACCAGUUCUGGAAGAAGACUACACCAGGUUGUUUCUGCGCAGAACAUGGUUCGUCAAAAACGCACCAAUGGUUGUAGCAAAAUGGACGCUUGACUUCAAGAGUAACCAGGAGCCUUCGGUUGUUCCGAUCUGGGUUGCGUUUCUGGGGCUGCCAAUCCCUUUCUUUGGGAAAAACCAGAUUUUCAAACUGGCGGCCACGCUUGGGCGUGUCCUCAAGGUGGAUUCGGCAACCUCAGAUUUGCGCAGGCCGUCUGUGGCAAGAGUUCUAGUGGAGAUGGAUGUAUCCAAAGAGCCGGUAAAGCGAAUUUACAUAGGGGAUGAUGACUAUGGAUUUUGGCAAGCGGUGGAGGUGGAGAACUGGCCAGCAUUCUGCAAGUUCUGUGAUCGUGUGGGUCAUCUGGAGGGUGAUUGCUUCAAGAAGAACCCGGGCUUGAAACCAUCUGGAAGCAACCGAGAAAACCCACGCCGGAAGGGCAAGGAAUCAGAGCCACGGCAGAUAGCUCUGGGUGAAGGACGGGACAACGGCGAGGGACCAACAAACCCAACUCCAGGCGGAGAAUAG